AUAAACUUGGAAAUUACAGUAAUCUACAUAAUCUUUUUGAUGAUGAAGAACUAAAGGCCACCCCAUUUGGAUGGCGAAGGACUCCUUCAACACCUUCACUGCUAUAUAUUUUUGAAUUUCCAGGGCGGGCAGAGAGGAAUGGCUGCAACUGCAACUGCAACUCCAACUCCAAUUCCAAUUGGGUUUACAAAAGCCAAAGGCCAGAGGCAGAGUGUGGUGAGCAGAAAUCUCCGGUGUGUAAAAGCGGAAAAACAGGGACUGCCGCCAGGGAUCCUAGUGGGCGCGGUUCGAAGCGCAUGGAGCACUGGAUGGAAGUUGAUGAUGAAACAGCUCGCUCCCUCUGAUCGCAGGGGCGAAUACACUCGCCCCGACAGUGCCUUCCGUGGCUGCCCGGAAGAAGGGGACGUAGUCCAACAUUCAUCACCCAGAUACCACUUGUAUGCUGCGCUCGAAUGUCCUUGGGCUCACCGCGCCCUCAUUGUCAGGGCGCUCAAAGGCCUUCACCAUGCCCUCCCUCUUUCCGUUGCCUCGCCCGGCAUCAAUGGCCUCUGGGAGUUUCGAGGUACAAAUGAUAAUGACAAUGACAACGAUGUCGUAGGGAAAUUACGCCCUACGGCUGACAAGCUUCACGGACGCAACACGCUGCGAGAUGUGUACCGGCAGCGGAAGGGCGGGUAUAAGGGUCGCGCCACCGUUCCUAUGCUCUGGGAUACUCUCACCAACGACGUUGUUAAUAACGAAAGCGCAGACAUCAUCCAAAUAUUGAAUUCCAAUUUUAACACAGUUGCCACCAAUCCUCAAUUGGACCUCUCACCACCUUCGCUCGCCGACCCAAUACGCGAAUGGAAUAACAUCAUCUUCCCCAACAUCAAUAAUGGAGUUUACAGGCAUCAAAUGGAGAUCUCAUCAAAGAAAAAUCAAGCCGGAUCAAGGACGGUCUUCGCCGGGACGAUCAAGCCAGGACAGGGGCGACCUCUUUCAAUCCAGCGUUCCAAGGCGAGAUGUGGAUUCGCACAAAGCCAGGAUGCAUAUGAAACUGCAGUAGAUUGUCUAUUUGAUACACUAGAUACUUUAGAAGCACACUUGGCUUCCUCAAGAUAUUUGUGUGGGGAAUUCUUAACACUUGCAGAUGUUCGGUUAUUUACUACCAUGUUUCGCUUUGAUCCUGUUUAUCACAUUCUCUUUAAGUGCAGCAAGAAAAAGCUGUCUGAGUAUCCCAAUCUCUAUGGUUACAUGUUGGAUAUCUAUCAGGUUGAUAAAUAAUCACAAUGGCAUCCGGAUCUGCAUCAAUGCAUGUCAAAAUAUUGAAAGGAAACCUGUCGAUAGACAUAACUUUGCUUGGAAAUAUGCCAUAGUGGGACCGGUAUUAGGGACUGCUGUUUGUACUUGGUACACGAAGAAGCAUAGUGGAGGCAUCAAUCGCCUCAAACACCAUCUUGCAGGCGUUCCUUGUUGUGAUGUUGGGCCAUGUACAAAAGCUCUUGAAGAGGUCAAAUGAGAGAUGAUAGCUCUCCUUACGGCACUAGAUAAAAGAAAUUAGAGAGGGCAAGGCAACAAGCAGCCAUACAAGAAGCCAUUGCUCCUAACUUGUAAUGUCUAAGUUGCCUAGAUAUGAAAUUUAUGAUGAUGAUUUUCAAACACAAUCAUCACAAAUUCAUAAUAGUUAUUAGUUAGUAGCUAGCUAUUGUGUUUGUUUCCACUCUCCAGCUUUGUACUAUGAUGCCAUUUUGUAAUCCAUAUGUAUUGAACAAUCACAUUUAAUAGAAAACACUUCCUCAUGGUUUUUAGGCUCA